AUGGCGGGCCGCCGUGGCGCCCUCAUAGUGUUGGAGGGCGUGGACCGCGCGGGGAAAAGCACCCAGAGCCGCAAGCUGGUGGACGCGCUGUGCGCCGAGGGCCACCGCGCCGAGCUGCUGCGCUUCCCUGAAAGAUCAACUGAAAUUGGCAAGCUGCUCAGCUCCUACUUGGAAAAGAAAAGCGAGGUGGAGGAUCACUCGGUGCACCUGCUCUUCUCUGCGAACCGCUGGGAGCACGUGCCGUUAAUGAAGGAGAAGUUGAGCCAGGGCAUCACCCUGGUCGUGGACAGAUACGCCUUCUCCGGAGUCGCCUUCACCAGCGCCAAGGAGAAUUUCUCCCUGGACUGGUGUAAGCAGCCGGACGUGGGCCUCCCCAAGCCCGACCUGGUCGUCUUCCUGCAGCUGCAGCUCGCAGAUGCGGCGGUGCGGGGCGAGUUUGGCCGCGAGCGCUACGAGAGUGGCCCUUUCCAGCAGCGUGCCCUGCAGCGCUUCCAGCAGCUCCUGGCAGACCCAAGUCUGCCCUGGAAGACAGUCAACGCCUCCAGAAGCAUCGAGGACGUCCACCGGGAGAUCCGCGCGCUGUCUGAGGACGCCAUCCGGGCCGCCGCACACAGGCCCCUGGGGCAGCUGUGGACAUAG